GAAGGCGGCCGCAUGCAAAUAUUCACCGGUCCUUGCGGAGAAACUUUUCUUCCCACGUUCCGCAAUCGGACAAAUAUACGGGAGCUACAGGGGAAGAAAAGGCCCCGCCCACAGAUGCGCAAUCAGACGAGCGACGGAAGUAGGUGUCUAAUUAGGCGACAGUGGCUCCCGGAUGCAGGAGGACGAAGGAUGGCGGCGGAUGGAGGAAAGAGGCGCCGCCCGAGAGGAGGAGAGCAGGCCCUGCAGAGCAGCCCUGCCCGGUCCCGGCGUGGCUUCCCUGGCAGAUGGAGGGGAAAGGCCGGGGGGCUCCGGGGCUGCAGGAGGGAGGAGCCCAGGGGGAGCCCGGGAAAGGCGGCUGCCUGGAGGGCGAUGCGGGGAAGAGGAAACGGGCGGAGACCCCGAGAUGGGCCUGGAGGGCGGAGGCUCCUCCCGAAGACCCCGAAAGCCCCGAAGGAUCCAGGAGGGAGGAAAGGAACAUCAGUGCCCGGAAUGUGGAAAAACCUUCAAAAGGAACGGAAAUCUUGAAAACCAUUUAAAAAUCCACUCGGGAGAAAAGAAAUAUGGAUGCCCAGAAUGUGAAAAAUCCUUCAAAAAUAAUAGAAAUCUGAAAAACCAUUUAACGAUCCACUCAGGAGAGAAACCAUUUAAAUGCCAGGAGUGUGGAAUCAGCUUCUAUUACAGGAGCAGCUUUAGUAGACAUCUAAGAAUCCACACAGGAGAAAAACCUCAUAAGUGCCUGGAGUGUGGAAAGAGCUUCACUCAGAGGAGCAGCCUUUAUAAACAUCAAAGGACCCACUGGAGAGAGAAACCGAAUAAAAGCCUGGAAGGUGGAGGGUCCUUCGGAAGACACAGGAAUCCCCAAAAGAUCCAGGAGGAAGAAAAGAAAUAUCAGUGCCUGGAAUGUGAAAAAUCCUUCAAAAGAAAUGGAGAUCUGGAAAACCAUCUAAGGAGCCACUCAGGAGAAAAAUCAUACGAAUGCCCAGAAUGUGAAAAAUCCUUCAAAACAAAUAGACAUUUUGAAAACCAUCUAAAAAACCACUCAGUUGGAAAUCCACACCAAUGCUUUGAGUGUGGAAAGAACUUCAACCAGAGAGCAGAUCUUAAUCAACAUCAAAGAAUCCACACAGGAGAACAACCUUAUAAAUGCUUUGAGUGUGGAAAGAGCUUCCGUCAGAGGAGCAGCCAUUAUAGACAUCAAAGAAUACACUCAGGAGAAAAACCUCAUAAAUGCCUGCAGUGUGGAAAGAGCUUCAGUCAUAGGAAUACUCUUUAUGUGCAUCAAAGGAUCCACACGGGAGAAAAACCUUAUAUAUGCCUGCAGUGUGGAAAGAGAUUUACUGAUGGUGGAAACCUUUAUAAGCAUCAAAGUAUUCACACAGGAGAAAAACCCUAUAAAUGCCUCAAGUGUGGAAAGAGUUUUACUAUGCGUGGACGUCUUCAUGACCAUCAAAGAAUUCACACUGGAGAGAAACCCUAUACAUGCAUGGAAUGUGAAAGCAGCUUCAGUAGUAAAACAUCCCUGUAUAGCCAUCAAAGGAUUCACACAGGAGAAAAACCAUAUCAAUGCCUGGAAUUUGGAAAGAGCUUCAAUCACACAGGACAUCUUACUACACAUCAAGGUAUCCACUUAGGAGAGAAACAGGAAAACCACCCGGGGUGUGGAAAUAGCUUCAGUGAGAGAACAGACGAAACACUCAGCAAUCCCCAAAGAAUCCAUGAGGGAGAAAAGAAAUACCAAUGCACAGAAUGUGAAAAAUCUUUCAAAACAAAUGCCUAUCUUAAAAGCCAUCUAAGAAUCCACACAGCAGAGAAACCAUUUCAAUGUCUGGAGUGUGGAAAGUGCUUCACUCACAAGAGCACCCUUAUUAGACAUCAAAUAAUCCACUCAGGAGAGAAACUGCAUAAGUGCCUAGAUUGUGGAAAGAGCUUCACUCGGAAGGGACGUCUUUAUGCACAUCAAAGAAUCCACACAGGAGAAAAACCAUAUGAAUGCCUGGAGUGUGGAAUGAGCUUUACCGACGGUGGAAAGCUCAGCAAACAUCAAUGGAUCCACACUGGAGAAAAACCAUAUAAAUGCCUGCAAUGUGGAAAGACCUUCAGUCAUAGGAGCACCCUUUAUGUACAUCAAAGGAUUCACACAGGAGAAAAGCCACAUAAAUGUCCAGACUGUGGAAAGAGCUUCAAUCGGGCAGGAAACCUUUACAUUCAUCAAAGGAUCCACACUGGACAAAAACCGUAUCAAUGCCUGGAGUGUGGAAAGAGCUUCAAUCAGAGAGGAAACCUUUACAUACAUCGAAGAAUCCACUCAGGAGAGAAACCCUAUAAAUGCCUGGAAUGUGGAAAGUCUUUCAAUAGGAAAGGGACUCUGUAUGGACAUCAAAUGAUUCAUAAGGAAGAAAAAUCACAGAAAUGCCUGGAGUAUGGAGAAAGCUUCAGUUCAAAGCAGAACCUUUAUUCUCAUGAAGGAAUCCACACGAGGAAAACCAUAUGAAUGCCUUGAUUGUGGAAAGAGCUUUACUAAUGGUGGACACCUUCAUUGACAUGAAAGGAUUCACAUGGGGGGGGGAUGCUAAAUAUACGAAUUUUCUUCCCGUACAGAAGUUCUCAGUGUACAUGCAAAGCAACAGAAUAUUAAUAGCAAAAUAACUGGUGGAAGGGACCUUGGAGGCCUUCUAGUCCAACCCCCUGCUCAAGCAGGAGACGCUAUACAAUUUGAAACAAGUGGCUAUUGUCAAAAACAUUUAGUAAGGAAGCACCCACAACUUCUUUUUUUUAAAACAAAAAAUUAUUGGUUUUUUUUUUUUAUUAAGUUACAUGAUAAUACAAUUCAACAACAUUCGGUUUAGCUGUGUUCAUAAAUAUAUACAGAUUAUAUACACGGUGUUCUCUGCUUUACUUAAUUGUUUUAAUAGUCGCACCCUCCCUUAUUCUUCCUUUUACUUUUAUCUUCUAUCCACUUAUAUCACAUUUCCCACACCGUGUAAUAUUCCGAGUUCUCUUUUCCGUUUAUCACAUAUGUUAGUUUACACAUUUCUGCGCAUUCUAAUAUUUUCCUAAUUACAUGCUCUUCCGGUGGCAGUCCUUUCUCUUUCCAAUACUGUGCAUAUAUUAUUUUGGCAGCUGUAGUAAUAUGCAUAAUUAGGUACCUCUUUUUUUUCUCAUAUGCCCUUUUUAAUAUUCCCAGGAGGAAGGUUUCAGGUGCCAAAUCGAGAUUUUCCUCUAUUAUUUCUUGUAUCCAUCUUCGAAUCGUUUUCCAAAAUUUCGUUGCUUUGGGGCAUGUCCACCACAUAUGAUAGAAGGUACCGUGAUGGUGGCACAUUUCCAACAAUUUGGGCUCGUAUUUGGGUAAAUUUUUGCUAUCCUGGUUUCUCUUCAGAUCGUAUAAAUCUUUCGCCUUUUAUUGGUUUUUUUUCUUUUCUCCUCUCCCACAUUCACCCACAUCUUUUUUUUUUUUUUACAGUGUUGGUCGUUUCUUAUCUUAUACAAUUAGUCAAAUUCAAAUACAUUUUACUCAAUUACAAUUUUUAUCAAUAUUGUCUUCCCCCACUUUCCUUUUUUUGAAUAUACCUCAGUAAUUCUAUACUUGCAUAUAUAAACACCUCCUUCAUGUAUCCCUAAAUUCUAACUUUGCUAGUUGUACAUAUUUGUCCUCUUUUAUUCUUUAACAAUUUAUUCUUUUUCCUAAUAUACUUAUAUUUGUUUGUUCAGAGCUGCCUUUCUUCCACUUCUUUAUUGUACAGCAAUCUCUCUCCUCAAACCUAGCCUCUCCCUCUUCUCCUUCCAACUUUCUUUCCCCACCUUCUUCUUCUCUUCUCUACUUCCCCUUCCCUUCUCCUCCUCUCUUCCCCCGUCUUACCUUCUCUCCUACUCUGCCUUCCUUUCCCUUGCUUCCUCCCUACUCUUCUGUCCCUCUCUCUCCUUCCUGCUCCCCUCCAGUUCCUUCAUCUCUGCACCCAGAACUUCUGAAGGAAAGCUGUUCCACUGGUUAAUUGUUAGAUAUUGGAACAGUGCUAUCAUGUCACUCCUAGUCCUUAUCUCUAGACUAGCUGUAUCCAGUUCCCGCAAUCGUUCUUCACGUUUUAGUCUCCAGCCCCUUAAUCAUCCUAGUUGCUCUUCUUUGCACUUUUUCCAAAGUCUCAACAACUUUUUGUACUGUGGUGACCAAAACUGAACGUAAUAUUCAGGUGUGGCCUUACUAAGGUUUUAUAAAGUGGUGCUAAAUUUCACGCGAUGUUGAUUCUGUGCUUCUGUUUAUACAACCAAGGAUUCAGUUAGCUGUUUUGGGUGCUGCUGCUUUUUGUUAACUCAUAUUUAAGCAAUUGUCCACUGGGAGUCCAGGGUCCCUCUCUCAAUUACUGUUUUUGAACCAGGUUUCGCCUAAUCUAUACUUUUCCUGCCCAGGUGUAAAAACCUUGCUUUUUUCCACAUUAAAUUUCAUGUUGUUGGAUAAGGCCCAUUGCUCAAGUUUGUCAAGAUCUAUCUGGAUCUUGAGCCUGUAAUUUAGGGUGUUGGCUAUUCCUGCCCUUUUAGUAUUAUCUGCAAAUUUGAUGAGUCCUCCUCCUAUUCCCUCAUCUAAGUCAUUUAUGAAAAUAUUGAAGGGUACUGGGCCUAAGACGGAACCUUCUGGUUCCCCACUGCUUCCUUCCCUCCAUGUAGAUGUAUUCCCAUUAAGGAUCACCCAAUGUGUCAGCCAAUUACAAAUCAAUCCAUCCAACCCAGUCAUGAGUUUCAUUCCACCACAUUUUAGUAAUAGCAACUAUAUCAUAUGUACCUUCGUGUAUUAGUAUUUCAACUUCACCCUGUUUCUUCCCUAAACUUUGAGCGUUCAUAUAUAGGGAUUUGAGUCCUUUAUGGAUCUUGGUUAUGUUUCUUAUAUCUCCUACUUUGUAUCUCGGUUUUCCAUCCUUUCCAUCACUCUUUACUUCACUGUUUUUUUCCUUUUUUUCCUUCUUUCUCUUUACUCCCUGCCUCCUUGUAUGAAUGGUUAUCUAGCGGUUUUUGCUUGGAAUCGGGUUCUAGAGGUCUUGAAGAUUGGAGACCCUCCCCACUCAACUUUCUAACUUCAAAAUAAAGAACGUUUUGAAUGGUA